AUGUCGACUUCUGAGCUGUAUCCAGAUGCAGAGCAUGGCACUCGACCUGUCUACAGGGUCUACAAACGACGCUUCUGGGGUUUGGCCCAGCUGGUAUUGUUGAAUAUCGUCGUUAGUUGGGAUUGGUUGACCUUCUCGUCCAUCUCGACAACGGCGGCGGAAUAUUUCGAUGUCUCGGAAAGCGCUAUAAAUUGGAUGAGCACUGGAUAUCUAUUCGCUUUUUGUGGUGUUAGUCCCGUCGUCAUCUGGAUCUUGAACAAAGGCGGCCCAAAACCCGCUAUCAUCACCACUGCCACACUGCUGCUGGUCGGCAACUGGAUCAGAUAUGCCGGUACCAAAGCGAAUGGUGGCAUCUAUGGGGUCGUGAUGUUCGGCCAGAUCCUGAUAGGAUUCGCGCAGCCCUUCUGCCUCUGCGCGCCAACCCGAUACAGCGAGCUCUGGUUCUCAGACCAUGGCCGCACGAGUGCAACGGCUGUUGCCAGUUUGGCCAACCCGCUGGGCGCAGCGCUGGGCCAGUUGGUUGCUUCGGAAUGGGCAUCGAAACCAUCCGAUAUCCCCAACAUGGUCCUGUAUAUCUCGAUCAUCUCCACCGUCGCAGCACUCCCAUCAUUCUUCCUCCCCGCCAAACCCCCCACACCCCCUAGCGCAUCGUCGGAAAUCCCAUACAUGCCCCUCGGCGCCGCAACGCGCAAACUAAUCACCACAUGGGAAUUCUGGCAAAUCACAAUCCCCUUCUCCGUAUACGUGGGCUUCUUCAACAGCAUAUCCUCCCUCCUGAACCAAAUCCUGCAACCACACGGGUUCAGCGAGGAAGACGCCGGCAUCGCCGGAGCGGUUCUCAUCGUGGUAGGACUGCUCACCUCAGCAGUCAUGUCCCCGAUCACAGAUCGAUACAAGCACUACCUAGGCACCAUCCGCGUGCUGGUACCCAUCAUCGCGGUGACAUAUGUCGGGCUAAUAUUCGCCCCGGGCAGCUCGGCUGGCCAGCCACCUUCGUACGUCGUCAUGGCCCUGCUCGGCGCAUCCUCGUUCGCCCUGCUGCCAAUCGUCCUCGAAUACCUUGCUGAGAUCACUUAUCCCCUCUCGCCGGAGAUCGGGAGCACCAUCUGCUGGACGGGUGGGCAGUUGCUCGGCGCGUGUUUCAUUGUCAUUCAGGAUGCGCUGAAAGCGGGACCGGGGGCUUCGCCACCGUUGAAUAUGCGGAAUGCGCUGAUCUUUUCGGCUGUGGUCGCUGUUGUGGCUGCGCCGUUUGCGUUGACGAUUGGGCUCUUUGGGAGGGUUGUUCCUCACCGUAGGACGGAUAUUGAUCGGGGUGUUGAGUUGCAGGAGACCGGCGAGGUGAUUGAGUCGGUUGAUAAUGUUCGAAAGGGUAAGUCUAAUGAUACCAGUGCAGAUACUGAGAUUCUUAUCAAAUCUUCAGAGUAA